AGACCCCUCUCGGCGGCGCCGCCAUUUUGGAGGGAGGCUGAGGAGAAUCCUCGCUCGGAGCGGAGAGGCCGAAGGAGGGAAGGAAGAAGGAGGGAAGAAGGAAGGAAGGAAGGAAGGACGAGGAAGGAGGGAAAUGAGAAUUCAAUGGAGCCACGUCUUGUGUGCCGUAAGGAAAGAAAUAAUAUAGGAAAAAGAAAUCCUCUCAAGGCGGAGAUCUUGCUGAAUUCCUGGCCUCACUUACAGAUAGAAGGAAAAAAAGAAGAGUCAAGUAUCUGUGUUCUAAUUAAGCACCUAAAUCACAGUUGACAUGAAGGAGGAAGCAUCUAAAAACCUGGAGUGUGGAAAGAGUUACACUCAGAAUUAUGGUCUGCAGCGACAUGAAAGGACACACACUGGGGAGAAACCCUAUAAAUGCCUAGAGUGUGGAAAGAGCUUUGCUCAGAGUGGAGAUCUACGUAAACAUCAAAGGACUCACACUGGGGAGAAACCUUAUACAUGCCUGGAGUGCGGAAAGAGCUUCACUCAGAGAGUACAUCUAGAUUCACAUCAAAGGACUCACACUGGGGAGAAACCCUAUACAUGCCUGGAGUGUGGACAGAGCUUCACUCAGAGUUCAAAUCUAGGUUCUCAUCAGCGGACUCACACUGGGGAAAAACCUUAUCCAUGCCUGGAGUGUGGAAAGAGCUUUACUCAGAGUUCACAGCUACGUUUGCAUCAAAGGACUCACACCGGGGAGAAACCCCAUACAUGCCUGGAAUGUCGACACAGCUUCAAUCGGAUUUCAGAUCUACGUUUACAUCAAAGAACUCACACUGGAGAAAAACCUUAUGCAUGCCUGGAGUGUGGAAAGAGUUUUACUAAGAGUUCAAAACUACGUUUGCAUCAAAGGACUCACACUGGGGAGAAACCCUAUAUGUGUCUGGAAUGUGGACAGAGCUUCACUCAGAGUUCAAGUCUACGUUCACAUCAAAGGACUCACACUGGGGAGAAACCUUACACAUGCCUGGAGUGCGGAAAGAGCUUUACUUUUAGUUCAAGUCUACGUUCACAUCAAAGGACUCACACUGGGGAGAAACCUUAUACAUGCCUGGAGUGCGGAAAGAGCUUUACUAAGAGUUCAGAUCUACGUUUGCAUGAAAGGACCCACACUGGGGAAAAACCUUAUACAUGCCUGGAGUGCGGAAAGAGCUUUACUAAGAGUUCAGAUCUACGAUCACAUCAACGGACCCACACUGGGGAAAAACCUUAUACAUGCCUGGAGUGCGGAAAGAGCUUUAUUAAGAGUUCAGGUCUACGAUCACAUCAAUGGACUCACACUGGGGAUAAACCUUAUACAUGCCUGGAGUGUGGAAAGAGCUUUACUAAGAGUUCAAAUCUAUGUAGGCAUCAAAGGACUCACACUGGGGAGAAACCUUAUACAUGCCUGGAGUGUGGGCAGAGAUUCACUAACAGUUCAAGUCUACGUGCACAUCAGUGGACUCACACUGGGGAGAAACCCUAUACAUGCCUGGUGUGUGGACAGAGAUUCACUAACAGUUCAAGUCUACGUUCACAUCAAAGGAAUCACUCUGGGGAGAAACCUUAUACAUGCCUGGAGUGUGGACAGAGAUUCACUAACAGUUCAAGUCUACGUUCACAUCAAUGGAUUCACACUGGGGAAAAACCUUAUACAUGCCUGGAGUGCAGAAAGAGCUUUACUCAGAGUUCAAAUCUACGUAGGCAUCAGCGGACUCACACUGGGGAGAAACCCUACACAUGCCUGGAGUGUGGACGCAACUUUACUGAGAGUGGAGGUCUACAUAAACAUCAAAGGACUCACGCUGGGGAGAAACCUUAUACAUGCCUGGAGUGCAGAAAGAGCUUCACUAAGUGUUCAAAUCUAUGUUUGCAUCAAAGGAUUCGCCCUGGGGAGAAAACCCUAUACAUGCCAGGAGUAUGGACAGAGUUUUGCUGAUAGUGGAAGUCUACGUUCACAUCAAAGGACUCACGCUGGAGAAAAACUUAUGAAUUCCUUUAAUGGGGAUAAAGCUUCACUCAGAAGGGAUCUCUACAUUCACAUCAAAGGCCUCACACUGGGGAGAAACCUUAUAAACACGUCAUGUGAACGAAACCUCUCUGUGGGUUGAAAUCUACAGACACAUACAAUUCAGAUUGGAGACAAUAGUGGCGUUUGACCCCAUAGGGCUCUCCAAAAUAGAGCUAUUCAAACUUUUCAUGUUGGUGAUGCACUUUUUAGACAUGCAUCCUUUCACGGCACUAAUUCAUUUUAACUAGCAAAACAAGUUAAACUGUUUCAUCAGGAAAUGAGUGUUUCUCCAGCAGACUUGGGAGAGGGGGCUACUGGAGGUGGAUGGGUUUUUGAGUUAUUCACUAAAAGCCGUACCAAGUUCUAGAGGGUCUCCACCAAGCUUCGUGCCACACAUGUUAAUCUUACCCCAUUAGCUAGCAUUGCAGCCUUAGUGGUUAUUACGUUUCAACCUCUUACUGUAUUAUUAACUAGCUUGGAUCAUUAGACGAAGUCAUGUUCUUAUUUUACAAAAAGCAUAAGGUUGGGGGUGAACUACAACUCACAUCAUGCCCAGGUUAACCCCCGGAAACUCCAUCAGUACUUAAAGUUUGUCAUGUUGGGCAAAUGUGCUUUGUGGGUGGGGUUCAAUAUACUCUCCAGUUGGAGGAUGAAUUACAACUCCCACCAUGGUGGGUCAGUCCCAUCAAACCUCUCCAGUACAUUCAGUUGGUCAUGGGAGUUCUGUGUGCCAAGUUAGGUCCAGGUCCACCAUUGGUGGAGUUCAGAGUGCUCUUGGGUUGCAGGUGAACUAUACAUCCCAGUACGUACAACUAACAAAUGUCAAGGCCAAUGUCACCCCAAUUUUACCAGUAUUCAAAUUUGGGCAUUUUGGGUAUGCAUGCCAAGUUUUGUGCAGAUCCAUCAUUGGCGUUCACACUGCUCUCUGGAUAUAGCUAUAAUUCACAUAAAUCAUAAUUCAUAUAAAUCAAGGUGAAUUCCCCCCAAAGACCUCCAAUAUUUUUGUUGCUCAGGGGGGUUUUGUGUGCAAAGUUAGGUUCAGGGCCAUUGUUGGUGGAGAUCAGAGUCUUCUUAGAUUGCAGGUGAACUAUACAUCCCAGUAUCUGCAACUCCAAUGUGUCAAGGGCAAUUCUCCCCAAAUCCCUCCAGUAUGUUCUGUUGGUCAUGGGGCUUCUGUGCGGCAAAAUCUGGUCCAGGGCCAUUGUCGGUGGUGGUCACAGUUCUCUAUCUUGAUGCAUGGUGAGCUACAACUCCCGUCAUGUGGAGUCAGUCCCCCAAAGCCCUCCAGUAUGUUCUGUUGGUCAUGGGGCUUCUGUGCGGCAAGAUCUGGUCCAGGGCCAUUCUCGGUGGUGGUCACAGUUCUCUAUCUUGAUGCAUGGUGAGCUACAACUCCCGUCAUGUGGAGUCAGUCCCCCAAAGCCCUCCAGUAUGUUCUGUUGGUCAUGGGGCUUCUGUGCGGCAAGAUCUGGUCCAGGGCCAUUGUCGGUGGUGGUCACAGUUCUCUAUCUUGAUGCAUGGUGAGCUACAACUCCCGUCAUGUGGAGUCAGUCCCCCAAAGCCCUCCAGUAUGUUCUGUUGGUCAUGGGGCUUCUGUGCGGCAAGAUCUGGUCCAGGGCCAUUGUCGGUGGUGGUCACAGUUCUCUAUCUUGAUGCAUGGUGAGCUACAACUCCCGUCAUGUGGAGUCAGUCCCCCAAAGCCCUCCAGUAUGUUCUGUUGGUCAUGGGGCUUCUGUGCGGCAAGAUCUGGUCCAGGGCCAUUGUCGGUGGUGGUCACAGUUCUCUAUCUUGAUGCAUGGUGAGCUACAACUCCCGUCAUGUGGAGUCAGUCCCCCAAAGCCCUCCAGUAUGUUCAGUUGCUACUCAGUUCUGCUCUGUUUGUCAUGCAGAGAGAGUUGAAAAGAUUAGGAAAGGGUUAAGGGAGAGGCAGUGGGUGUGUUCAUGCAAAUUCCACACCAAUGGAGAGAGAAAGGCGCCCUGGGAUGCCUGCCUGUGGUGGAGGAAACACCUAAAAUCUAGGAUGAAAUGGUCUCCGAAUGAAAGCAUUUCUCGGGUGCUGGGCCAUGGUGUUUAUGGAGGACAUGGGCUUGGGCUACAUGUUUAUGGCGCUCCCUGUAACUUGCAUGUCCGUGGAGGGAGGACCAUUGGUGUCUUCUGAGUGCUGGGAGCUAUACCUGUUUGUGGAAGCGGGAGGCUGUCUGUGUAAGUGGACAUGUCCACCACAUGCACACAUACACAUUAUCACUUUUAUUAUGUGUCUAGAUUUUCACUUAUCCCCACUUAACCAAAGAAAACAUAAUAAUGAUAUGUGGAUAGAAUUGCAAAAUUUUAUUGGUAAAAUGACUAUUAUAUCUGCUUCUGUACUACUGGCAGGAGAUUUUGAUGGCAGCAUCAAUGAUGAAUCUCUUUAUGGCCAUUUCAAUGAGCAUGCUCCUGGACUAGCGGCAGCCCACCCUGUUCCUGAUAUGCAGUCUGAAAGUCCUAUCUGCAGUUAUUGUGGGCUUUGUCUUCUAUGAAUGAUCAGUAGCCAAGACAUAGUACUAUUAAAUGUUGGCAUAAAUGAGGA